UUACUUCCUUACUUCAUUCAUUUCAAUUCAUUCUUUUAAUUUCGCACGUAAUUUCGUGGGAAUAUUACGAGAGCAAUAUGUACUGUGAAGAUAGUUUUUCAAUAAAUUUCGUUAAAGUGUUUGGGGAAAGUGUAUGUCGGUAGAUACACCUAGCCUAAGUAACGCGGACGCGCAAGAUGCUGUUUGCUGAUAUUUCGCAUGUGAUCUAGUAAUACGUCAUGACCACAAUGAAGAAUCCAAAUUCAUCGUCUUCUAAACUCGCUCUCCUCAGCCACAUCAAGUACGAACACCUGGUAGCUGGUAUAUCGGGUGGUGUCACCUCUACGCUUAUCCUACACCCUUUGGACCUAAUAAAAAUUAGAUUCGCUGUGAAUGAUGGCAGAACAGCUACUGUGCCAAGGUACGACGGGCUGGGCAGCGCGUUCGUCACCAUCGUGAAGAAGGAAGGCGUCAAAGGCCUCUACAGAGGAGUCACGCCCAACGUCUGGGGCUCGGGAUCUGCGUGGGGAUUUUACUUCCUAUUCUACAACGCAAUAAAGACAUGGAUUCAAGGCGGAAACGCGCGCACGCCUCUCGGCCCCGGCCUUCACAUGCUGGCCGCGGCCGAAGCCGGGGUCCUCUCACUAGUGAUGACCAACCCAAUCUGGGUAGUGAAGACCCGCCUCUGUCUGCAAUACAGUGACGAGCAUCUGGCUGAUAACAAGAGGUAUAGAGGCAUGGUGGACGGACUCAGGAAGAUCUACAGGACUGAAGGCAUUAGAGGACUAUAUAGGGGUUUCGUGCCUGGCAUGUUCGGUGUGUCGCACGGCGCGCUGCAGUUCAUGACAUAUGAGGAGAUGAAGAACCGCUACAACCAGUACCGCAACCUGCCCAUAGAUAUCAAACUUACGUCAGUAGAAUACCUGACGUUCGCUGCGAUAUCGAAGCUGAUCGCGGCCGGGGCAACCUACCCGUACCAGGUGGUGCGGGCGCGGCUGCAGGACCAGCACCGCAGCUAUGCGGGCACCUGGCAUUGCGUCACCGAGACAUGGAGAUACGAAGGCUGGCGUGGUUUCUACAAAGGUCUGAAGCCCAAUUUGGUGCGUGUGGUUCCCGCUACCAUGCUCACGUUCUUGACUUACGAGAACGUCUCCCAUUAUUUGCUGAAGCCGAAACAGGAUCACACGUUGCCCUCCUAGUAAACGUGACAGCCGCACUAGCCGCCGCGCCGCCAUGAAGAGAGGUGGAUGGUAAAUGUGACGGUGCCAAAGUGUCAACACAUGUGGCAUCCCAAACCAGGCUCCUUCCCAAGCGCCAAGGGACAAGGGACAUACCGUCCGGGCGUUUACCGUCAGCACGGAUUAUCCCGUUGGGUUCCAAGAUUGAGGGGAUACCAAUCGUUGCCAAUGUUCUGCGAAUGAUAUCAUUGAGAGAUGCAUGACGAGGAAUUCGCCCUACACUUCUCACACAAGACAGGCCAUGAUGGCCGAAACUGUUAACGGCCAUACCACAUUGACAAAUGUGGGGUUGAUUUAUUUUCGCACCCAAGCGAAGUCCCAUAGCCAAGGUAAAAGUGGUUUUGUCUAAAAGAGUGCCUACAUGUUUUGAUGGGAGUGCCCGAAGCCAAUAACCAGACUCUUUCUCCAUUAAAGCUAGAAAGCGAGCACGAUUAUAUUUUAUCAAUAAAAUUUCAUAUUUAUUCUUAACAGGCUGAUUUCGAUUUCUUUCAUUACAAUUGAAGCAUUUUUAUCGUAAUCUGUUUUUGUUUUUAAUAGUUUGUAUAAGUAUACUUGUUUUUUUUUUUUCAUUAUAAUGUUUGAUUUAUUCCUGUGCUGUUUUUUUUUUCAAUAAAUGACCAUAAUAUUAUA